UUUAGUUCGCAACAUGAGUGAGAGAGGAGGCCCAGGAAAGCUCAGGUCCUACUGGGAACAAACGGUAAACAUUGUUAAGGAACAAAUAAAUGACAGCCCUGUUUACAAAGUGUCUCCAGAGACAGGUGGUGGCAAAGUCCGUACUCUACAUAGGAAUCUCCUCCACCUUGUAAACGACUUACCUGUGAGUGUGGCUGAACAGUCAAAGAACCAAGCACCGACUAAAGAGAGACAAAGGAAUAGGAGUCAGGUUGAAAGGAAUGCAGAGAGAGAGACAUUCCAAAGCAGUGCUUCAUCUGACUCUGAUGAAGAUGGCCCAAGACCACAGUACUGGCUCAGAGUAUCAAGGCCAGCCGAGUCACAAAGGUCAAAUAUAACAACCACCCAUGUGCCUAAUAGAAACCAUGUUACUUCUCCAUCCUUACAUGAACAAGCAAGGAUGACCACACAAGCAGGAGAGCACAGACAGCCUCCCAGCUUCACAGCAGAGGAACCUGAACUGAUGGAGCAAGAACAAUCCAGUGAACACGAAUAUGAACAGAAUGCUGAAAAUGAACAUUGCCAACCCAGAUAUGACACUAACCAGGACAGUCCUACUUCCUCUCAGUGUGGUUCAGUCAGGAGACCAGUGCGAGUCAGGAGACCACCCAGGACACUGACUUACGAGUCUCUUGGUCAGCCAUCCUACCAGUCAAUUGGGUCAGUCAACAAUAUUGGACUUUGUGGGCCGCAGACAUUGCCAGCAUGGGGAAUACAGUCAGGCCCAACACCACAUUACCCACCCUAUCCCACACUAUACCCAACACUGCCAUACACCGUCAUGAUGCCAUACAUUGUACCUUCCUUUGCAUACUAACAUACAAGUUUUGAUUUGAAAAAAAAAAGUGUAUUGAAAAGAGUAUUUUGUUUUGAAUGCCGGGAGUCAUUUUCUUUGUCGGGGAGCGUGUGACCCACCCAUAAUGUGUCACAUUUUUGUGUUGAUAUAUUUAUUUUAUUUUAUGGUUUGAAUUCGUUUUUGGAGCUGUCAUUCCACAUUUAUCAAUAUUCACAUUGGUCAGUAGGGGGCAGCAGGGCGUUUCUUCCCAAUUGAAUGCGAUCACCUACAGACCGGAAGUGUCUUGUCAUUCUGACGAGAGCGACCAGUCUGUGACCAACUGAAACGUUCUGUGUGCUUAUUUCCUCCUGUAUAACAGUUUUCUUUUCUUCCAGUCAGAUCCGGAGCGACAUUGUAACACGGACUGGAUCCUCAAGGCUGCUCCCAACCUGACGUUGGAGGAGCAGCUGAACCUGACGAUUCCUCUGGAGCAGAAC